ACUUUAUUAAAAACCUUUGAAGGAUCAGAAAAUAUGGGUCUAAUUGGAAAGUUGAUCAUGUCCCAAGAGAUUAGCUCACGUGGAGACAUAUUCCAUGAUCUCUAUAGGCACAAACCAAACGACAUUGCUUCCAUUUCUCCUGAUAAGAUUCAUGGGUGUGAUGUCCUUCAUGGUAAACGAGGUGAUGUUGGCUCCAUCGUCUGCUGGAGCUAUACCCAUGAUGGAAAAAAGAACACUCUAAAGGAGAUUGUUGAAGAAAUUGACGAGACAAACCACAAGAUAGUGUUCAAAGUAAUCGAAGGAGAUCUUGUGAAAGACUUGUACAAGUCCUUCAAGUGCAUAUUUCAUGUUGAACCACAUGGAGACGGCCGGCAAUUGGCUACUUGGACCUUUGAGUUUGAGAAACUAAAUAUGAAUGUUCCCUAUCCAACUGCUUUCAUGGACUAUGUAAUGGAACUUCUGAGGGAAAUUGAUGCCCAUAACACUAGUAACUAGAAACAUCUACAACUUCAGUGUCUAUAACCCCAUUAAAUAAGAUAAACGAAUAAAUCAACUUCAAGAAUAAGCCAAUUGUAGUUACAUAUGGCUACUAGGGAACAUGUACUCUUGCUUCCUCCUAUGAAUCUUUAAUAAAUGUAUGUUCCAA